AUGGCUCUCCUUUCUGGGGGAUGCAUAGAGCAGAGCCUGCGGGACCUGCAGGGCAAGAUGGGGGAGCACUGGGGUGGGGAGAGGCCCUCCAGCCCCACGGAGCUGCUGCAGUGGUUCCACCCGCGCCACCCCAACGGCCUCCGGCCCGUCGCCACGGGCCACCAGGAGCUGCUGGAGUUCUACAGAGCGCUGCAACAGUUCCUGAAGGCGGAGGAGCACGGCGAGGAGGUGGUGCUGCAGCUGCUGGUGAACGUCUCCUACCAGUGCGGCGUCUCCUUCCCCAGCUCGGCCCCGCCGGGCCCCCAGCACCCCUCGCCGCUGCCCAGCGUGUUCUGCACGGUGCGCGACGAGCCGCCCCUGGAGCUGCAGGACCUGUGGGAGGACGUGCGGCUCCAGCUGCAGCGCCACCUGCUGGAGAAGCUGGAGAUGGAGGAGGAGGAGGAAGGUUUGGUGUCUCGCGUGCCCAAGCGCAUCGUCUGCCUCCAGCAGCUCCUCUUCCUCUACCCGGAGGGCCAGGUGUUGGCGCGCUACCAGCGUCUCCGCGCCAAGGCCGCGCGGGCGCUCCUCCAGGCCUCCCAGGCGUCCGCCGCGGCCCGGGCGGCCGAGCGGGGCUUCGAGCGGCUGGCGGCGGGCUUCCGGGCGGCCGUGCCCGCCCUCGCCGCCAUGGUGACGGAGGACCUCCACGCGCUCAACGCGGUGGGCGCCGAGCCGCACGCCACCCUGGGCUUCCUCAACCAGGCGUACCUGGGCACCGUCGCCAAGGAGAUGGGCGCGCUGAUGGAGCGGGAGAUCGAGAACGCCCUGAAGGACAACACGGCGCCACAGUGGAAGGGCGCCCGCAGGCUGAGCAGGAGCAAGGCCACCGUCGUUCCUCAGGAGCCGGUGCGUAAGGUGCGUAGCUUCUCCCUGACGUCGCACCAGCUGGGCUGCCUGUCGCGGCUGGCGUGGGCGCUGCUGGAGCUGGAGCAGCGCGUGGAGGAGCUGGCCACCGACGUGGGCUUCCUCAGCUGCGCCGGGGAGGCGGCCUGCGGCCCCAGAGGGAUCCAAAAGAGAUCUAAAGAGGACCUCGAGGCAGGUCCAGGUCCAGGAGAAGGGAGCAGCGCCGCCACACCCGAUUUGCUCUUGAACUCUGCAGAGCCGGUGUCCCUGGAGUUCGAGUGGCGGGGGGCGUUUGCCGAGCUGGUGCCCCAGAUGGCCCACUGUGUGAAGGUGCUGCUGGAGGACGUGUGUGCCAGGGGCCUGCAGCAGGAGGAGGUGGCGCGCGCCAGCUCGGCGGUCCUGGCCCUGGGCACCGUGCCACAGAGACAGGGCAUCGGCCUCACCUGUCUGGAGCGAGAGUGCCCCAAGAUGAUCGCCAAGUUCUGCGGUGACAUCAUGGAGGAGGUGGACGGCCUGUUGCCGCUGGCGAUGGUCUCCCGCGACGACCCGCUGCUGCCCGUGCGCCGCAGCUUCGCCGACGUGUGCGCCCGCGUGGGCCUGGCCCUGGUCACCCGGCUGCAGGAGCGGGCACGGGAGGUGCCCGCCGCCGCGCCCUUCUACAACCUGCCCGCCCUGCUGGCCACCAGCAUCUACCUCGGCCACCGGCUGGAGCUCUACGCCAGCGAGCUGAGCGAUGGUGCCCGCACACCUCUGACCCAGCUGCCCACUCAGAAGUGCCUGGACCUGAGCAGCUCUCUCCAGGACCAGCUGACCUCCUACUGCCUGGGCAUCUGCUCCUCCAGUCUGCUGCUGGACGCCGAGAGCCACUACUGGGCCGACCCCAAGCCUUUCUACGAGGACGAGCGCUGCUCCUUCUCCAUCCAGAUGUGGCACUACUUCCUGACGGGCGUGCGGAGCGACCUGUGGGCGGCGCUGCCCCCUGACCGGGCGCGGCGGCUGCUGGCGCAGGUGCUGUGCGAGAGCCUGCAGCUGCUGGUGCAGAGGUACUCGCGCGCGCGGCCCUCCUACCGCAGGGUCCAGCAGGUCAGGUCGGACAUCACGGCCAUCCUGCUGUGUGUGCAGCAGCUGCUCUGUGGAGUGUGUGUGAGGGGCUCGGGGAGCUGCUGGCGUGCGACUCCAGGGCCUCCUCCUCCUCCUCCUCCUCCUCCUCCUCCUCCUUCUCCUGCGUGGUGCUCCCGCGCUCCUCUGCGGCGGCCGACUGGGUGCAGGCGGUGCACGGGCUCUGCACGCAGCUGCUCAACGUGCUGGUGGUGGACCUUUCAAGAUGGCCCUGAGUCUUUGGGAAUGCCAGCAGAGCCAGCUGAGCAUGCCACUCCUGCCCAGGCAGAGGGUGGCGCGACCGCAGCCCCCGAGGGGGAGGCAGCAGAGGGAGGCGUGGGCACCCCGUCUGCCCCGGGCGAGGCUGGCGCCCCAGUCGAGGGGGAGCAGGGGGUCCCCCCACCUGCCCAGGGGGAGAGCGACUGCCCCGGCCUGGACGACGCCUACUGGCAGGCUGUGAUUAACCCGGCGGUGUUCCCCGAGCAGGCGCUGAGGGACAGUGUGGGCAGUGACGUGUCCUGCCUGUGGCUGCUGAGGAUGGUGGGUGCUGGGCCCUGCUUCAGUCCUUCCCUCAUGCUCAACGCCCUGCUGCACAGAGACUGCCUGCUGCUCCGCACUCUCAUGGAGCACUCAUACUUGUUUGCCGAGGAGCCUAUGGAGGUUCCGCCGGAGGGCCAGGAGGCGGCCGAUGGCUUCCUGGAGGCCGUGGCCACUGUGCUGGCCUCCCUCAGCAAAGUGCCCAGGGCCCUGGCCCAAGUGCUGGAGCCCUACCUGGACAAGAACCAGCUCUGGGACCACUUCUACAACCUGACAGACUCGGGUAGGCCAGAGCCGGCCGUGCUGCGCUGCGUCCGAGCCAUGGUGUCGCGGCCCACGGACGGCCUGCUGCGGCAGCUGGUCCACAUUGUCCAGGCGUCCGAGGAUCUGCCCGGCGCGCUGCUGCAGCAGGAGGCCCCGCAGUGCCUGCUCAGCAAAGUCCCCAAAGUGUGGAACUACAUCCCCCAUGAUGCCAAGGGAAAAGACCCCAUGAAGAGUAAUGCACCUCCUGGUAAGACGGUGGCCAUGCAGGCCCUGUCCUUCAUCUUCAGCAACCUGCCCUCGGCGGUGGCGUCGCUGCCCUUGCCCGUGCGCUUCCUCUUCCUGGUGGCGGAGAAGCGGCUCCCGCAGCACGCGCGCCAGCUCCGGCCCACGGGCCUGCUGGUCUGGGCGCUGCUGGGCCGCCUGUGCCGGCGCCUGGAGGACGCCGAGGCCCUGGAGCGGCUGGCGGGCCGGCCGCUGGAGCGCGGCGCCAAGGAGCGGCUGGCGCUGCUGUCCGAGUGCCUGCAGGCCGGCGCGGGUCAGCAGCCGCGCGGAGGCGUCCCCAAGCCCGCCGUGCACAUGGUGCUGCAGGGCCUGGAGGAGCGCCGGCCCAAGUGGAUCUCCAUCCAGCUGCACAAGGCCCGCAAGCUCUGCUGCAAGAGUGUGUUUGAGCGUGCGGAGAGCGGCUUGCAGGAGCGAGGUGGCGCUGCAGCCGCGUCGGCAUCGGCGAUGCCACCGUCGUCUUCUUCCCCGUCGGUGGCGUCGGCGCUGGCGUCGGCGUCGGACGCCAGCGAUCUGAAGACGCAUCUGAUGGUGCUGGAGUUGAGCCACCGAGCAGGUGGCAGCCAGCACCUCCGGCACAUUUAUCACAUCAUCACCCUCAACGAGGAGCUGCUCUGGCGGACGCUUCAGACCCCUCACACGUCCGGCGAAGACCCUCCCGAGGGUCCCGCUCUCUCGGCGACCUUCGCCCUGCCGCAAGGAACGAUCCCUCAGCCCGCCCACUCUCGCUUCAUCCCCCUCCAUCAGUUCGAUCACUUUGGCUACGACAAGUUUGAUCAGGUGGCUCUGGGCCAGAGGGAGUGGGCCUGGGACGACGUGCUGCCCGCACACCGGACCAUGAGCCAGGUGACCUUCAGAGCGCUGCUGAGGAACAGGUGGGAGAUGCAGGAGGAUGCCGAGUUGGAGGAUGAGGAGAAAGCUUUGGUGGAUCACCUCCAGAAGACCUGGUUCACCACCAACCCUGACUCUUCCUCGUAGCACAGAUCCACGCAGCAUCAAACAGCAUGCAUCAGAAAUCCAUACAUCCAUACAUUCCCAUCCAUACAUUACACAUACAGCAUGUUUGACAUUCAGCAUAUAUGAUAUGCAUUCAUGUUUUUUUUUUUUUUUUUUUCCGGAUGUCUUCGUGCUAAGUCUGAGCUUAGGAAUAUGAUGCCAAGUGAUUAACUGUUGAAAUGUAUAAGCACAUGAAUGUUUCACUGUACUUUGUUUUUGCUGUACAAACAUUCUCUACACAUGGUUAUUCUGGAGGUGCUGUUCCAUAUGUCUGCUGGUGCUAUAUAGCUCUUCAUCCUAAACUGUACUGUUCCCAUGAGCACAACUGAAUGUUUAUGUUGGAGAACUGGAUGCCAUGAGAACAUAUUAUGUAGCUCUGCACACAGUUUACAUAGAAUUGUGUUUGUGUCACUUGUGUUUUGUAAUAUGGAGUAGUCACUCAAUGUUUUAUUAAA